UUGUAGCUUGAAAAAGUAAUAUACUUUUUUUGACAAAGUUACGUUUUGUACUUCAUCACUAGUGACAUCACUGCAUCGCUUUAAUAUUCGCGUAACUUCUACGUGCGCGUUCACAUUACAAAUCUUGCGAUCUCUCCUUUAGCAGUCUAGAGUUGCCAGGCAGAAGGUUAAUGGUACACAAAACGGGAGAUUCAGUCACUCGAUGCCCACCAAUAACAACUACGUCUUUGCGUUAUAUAUUCAAGGACAGGGAAGAUCAAUGGUCUGCAGGUAGAAAUAUGGGUUUGGCACGAGAAGAAUUAUAUAAAAACAACGAUGUGACACUUCGGUAGAGGAAUACUUUCCAACCAGGCAACCCUUCAGCUGUCACGGAAAGAGGUAGGGUAGUUUGCCAGCCACGCACUUGAUUCAUCAUGCAAGCCGGUGGGUCAGAGGGAGACGAAACAUUUUGAAAUUCAAUCCAAUGUGACAGUAAGGAGAGAAUACUGUUAAUGGUGAAAUUAACACCACCAUUGAAGAGGGUCUAUGAUCGGUCUCAGCAAGAAUGUGUCUUAGUACUACAGUUUUAGCAAGUGGACAGUAGAGGGAAGGGACUGUACGAGCUUGUGUCCUUGCUGCUUCGAUUCUACUACUUAGCCAGCUUUAAGCUAGCGCUAACUAGCUUGCUAGUCAACUGUGUUUUGCAGCUUAUCGUGUCAAUGUAGCUAGCUAGCUAGCUUGCUAAACUAUUAGCCACUAUUCAUAAAACCUAUGACAACUUGUUAUGCUGCGUACUGCGUGACGUUGUAUUGGUUUGAAACACCGACUGGUGGAUUGCUAGCUAGUUGGUUGCUUAAUAGUUAUGAACAGUUAUAGAAACAAGGCAUCUUUUCUGAGCUCUACUGAGAGCCCUAAUAGUAAUAACAAAGGCUCAGCUGUCAGCAAUAACAAUCAGGAGUGGGACUUGGGAAAUGAUGUGUUUGUGUGCUGUUACGAGCAACCCAUGGGCGAAACGAUGCAGCCCGGGAUGCACUCUGUUCAGGCGGGCCUGGACAGACACCUGCCGCUACUCCGCAGCUCUCAGGACGGUAUGAUGCUGGGCUUGGAGAAUGCCUUCCCCAGUUGUCACAACCAGAAUUCCUCCGCAGCCUACCUCGACACUGGUCUGGACUACACCGUAAAUGACAGGGAUAUUGGCGUCCCUCUGUUUGAGAGUAGAAAGCGGACUCGCUCCAACAGUUCCAGACACCGGUAUGAGGUUGUCACAGAACUCGGUCCAGAAGAAGUGCGGUGGUUUUACAAAGAGGACAAAAAGACUUGGAAGUCGUUCGUUGGACACGACUCGUUGAAAAUCGAGGUUGCAUACCGUAAAUUCUGCGAACUGAACCCUGGAAUAAAACGCCAGGGCACUGCAGGCACGGAGGUGAAGGGUGAGGAAGCGCCUACCAGUGGUGUAGAGGUGACAAACGGGGGUUUCAACGGAGUUGAGAGAGGUGGACCGGUUCCUGUGGAGACAAGAACUAGCAGUGUGCAUGGAGACACUGGGUCUGUGGAAAGAUCCACCUCUACGGACGAAAGAGACCUUGACAACAUCAUCAUCAACGUAGAGGCUGUCUGUGUCAGGGGGGGCCUGUAUGAGGUGGAUGUCAAAGAGAGAGAAUGUUUUCCUGUUUACUGGAAUCAGCAGGACUGCAUCCCCGUCAUGCGGGGCAUGUGGUUCAUCGACGGCACCUGGCUCCCCCUGGAGGAGGACGAAAGUGACCUCAUCGAGCUGGAGCACCUGACCUCUUUCCGCGGCCAACACAUGCAGGACAGCUUCGAGUCGGACGUAGUAGCCAAGACCGUGGACAGCAAAGACGUUCUCUCCCACCUGCCUCCUUUCUACCUCCCCUUUCUGUUCAAAUGGAGCGGAUAUCAGACGAGUGCUAAAACUACAUGUCACAAGCGCAAGCGUUGCCAAGCCGUCCACAGUCUGAAGCUGAGCAGGACCCAUGUGGACUGGCACAGCGUGGACGAGGUCUACCUCUACAGCGACGCCACCACCUCCAAGAUCGCACGCACCGUCACCCAGAAACUGGGCUUCUCCAAAGCGUCCAGCAGUGGGACCCGGCUCCACCGCGGCUACGUGGAGGAGGCCUCCCUGGAGGACAAGCCCCCCCAGACCACACACAUCGUCUUCGUGGUCCACGGCAUCGGACAGAAGAUGGACCAGGGGCGCAUCAUCAAGAACACUGGCAUGCUAAGGGCUGGCGUGCGGAAGAUGGAGGAACAGCACUUUUCCGAGAACACGGAGGAGCAUGUGGAGUUUCUGCCCGUUGAGUGGCGCUCCAAACUGGCUCUAGACGGAGACACGGUGGACUCCAUCACCCCUGACAAGGUGAGAGGACUGAGGGACCUUCUGAACAGCAGUGCCAUGGACAUCAUGUAUUACACCAGCCCCCUGUACCGCGACGAGAUCACCAAGGGGCUGACCCAGGAGCUGAACCGCCUCUACUCCCUGUUCUGCUCGCGGAACCCCGAGUUUGAGAAGAAUGGGGGCAAGGUGUCCAUGGUGUCCCACUCGCUGGGCUGCGUGAUUGCCUUUGACAUCAUGACGGGCUGGGACCCUGUGCGCUUCUGUCUGCAGGAGCACCAGGACCUGGAGCAGGAGCUGGACCUGCGCUGGAUCAGCUACGAGGAGAGACACCUGCUGGAGCAGCUCCGGCUCACCAGGAACAGGCUACGAGAGCUAGAAGACAAGCUCCAAGGCCUGGAGGCCUCCAAGCCCUCCGCCCCCCCAGCUCUCGGGUUCAAGGUGGAGAACUUCUUCUGCAUGGGUUCCCCCCUGGCUGUGUUCCUGGCCCUUAGAGGGAUCCGUCCAGGGACCAGUGGAUCCCAGGACCACAUCCUGCCUCGCGCCAUUUGCCAGAAGCUCUUCAAUGUGUUCCACCCCACCGACCCUGUGGCCUACCGACUGGAGCCUCUGAUCCUGAAGCAUUACAGCAACACCUCCCCGGUCCAGAUCCACUGGUGCAGCGCCACCAGCCCCACCCCCUACGACCAGAUCCGCCCCACCUUCCUCAACCCCUCCAAGGAGCCCACGUCGGACACGGAGAGCAUCCCCAGCCCCAGCACCUCCCCCGUCCUGCCCCGCAGGCACUACGGGGACUCCAUCACCUACCUGGGCAAGGCCAGCAUCAUGGGCGCGGCCAGUAUAGGAAAGGGCAUCGGAGAGAUCCUGUUCUCUCGUUUCUCUCGCUCCAGCAGCCAGCCCUCAGUGUGCGGAGGAGUGGAGGGAGGCUCCACCUCCGAGGGGGAGGAGCCCAAGAGAACUGUGGACAGCCAAUCCGCAAACGGGCUCUCCGCCCUGUCCCAGUCCACCUCCACGAUCGCCGACACGUCACUGGAGCUGGACAGGCGCAUCGACUUUGAGCUUCGGGAGGGCCUGGUGGAGAGCCGCUAUUGGUCAGCUGUGACUUCGCACACAGCCUAUUGGUCCUCGCACGACGUGGCGCUCUUCCUGCUGACCUUCAUAUACAAGCAGAGGGACCCGCCCCCGCCCGCGGAGGACAGCCCCGAGCUAGAAUAAAAACACACACCACCUACUGAAACGCACACACACGCACACACACACAGUCAGAACGCUACCUUUCUGCCGUCUGACUCUAACUCCCUCACUCUUUUUUAUACUUUACUUCGACCUGCACUUACGCUAACACACGUGGACCUUGUAUCUCGGUAGGAGGGGGUACACAUCUGUUCACCCUGAGGGUGACUUGGUGGCCCCGAGGAGGUGAAGGAGGGCCAGCCUGUGCCUGUGAGACCGGUCCCACAGCGAGCUCUCUGGAGCAUGGGACCCAGCUGCAAACCUGGGGAUCUGGGGCUCCUCCUAGAGGCGGGAGGGAGAAGCUCAGCCCAGACCCAAACUCCCAUCUCUGUCUCUCCCAUAGACUCUGCGUAACGGAGCUUGUGCGAUGCACAAGCUUGCAACUUCCAGUGUAACUUCUCUCCCUCUCUUGCUAUCUCUCUUUCUCUUCUUUCCUUUUCUCUCUCUGUCCCUGUCUAGAACUCUCUGCCUCUCUCUUUAACAACCUUUCCAUUUCAACAUUACCAAGCAAAACUCAAUGCAAUUUCCUAAAGGGGUCAAAAUAUGAUUUACGUAUUUGAAUGUUAAUAUAUUUCCCUUUCAAAUGAAUAUCGAAUAUUUUGUUUUUAUUUAGCUACGUUUUUUUAAUUCCGUGAGGACAAUACCUCUCUUUUUAGCACUCCACCAUUUUAACACGGUGUACAAAAAGAAAAGGAAAAAAAAAUAACCAUGAUUAUCGUUAUCGACGAUUCGACGGCAGUAAAUCUUUCCACCAUGUCUUCUGUCCCCCAGCUGGGUUGUGGUCAAUGUCAGCUAAAUUGGAUGGUCUCUCUGGCCCCAGGUAAAACAGUGGCCUCAGUCUAAAGGUCACCUGUUUCACCGUGGGUUUUGGACCCUGUACGGACAUCUGUGUGGUGCUGAAGCUGGUGAAAGGAUUCAUUUGGCUUGCUGUCCACCUCAGUAUGUGACGCAACUGUUGGGAUUCUCCAACAAUGUCAUGUUCUUCAUGUACAGCCGAGUAGUAACCCAAAGCAGAUAAAACCCUUUCCUCUACGUCAAGUUUGUAGUUUAUGCAAUUUAAGCGUCCAAUCGAAACAGAUGGACACUAUUUACAUUAAAGUCAUUGGACGGGGGGGGGGGGGGGGGGCUAUCACUCCAGAGCUUUGACUCCAGCAGAACUCUGACUUUUCCUGUUUCUCUGAGACCUUGAGAAGAUUGUGGGACCUCAGCGAACCUGCAGGCACUAACACGUUUACAUGGAUACCCUGAUUACUAAUGCAUAGAGAAGAUGUAUCAUUAUUUUUGUAAAUCUCUUUUUGUGUGAACGCGACAGGAUUCCAACAGGUGGCCAAACAUCUUAGUCUUUAGCCUGCUGCGUUGCUACAUAGUGGCUAAGUUAGACUGACCAUUAGAAGUUACUAGGGCAUUUUUUAUUGUGUAGAAGAUCUUUGAGCUGUUCUGAAGUCAGCUUUCAACUCUAGUCCAGAAGGACAAACCGCUGGGUAACACCCAGGCAAGAUAUGCAAAAUAUGUGAAUUUGUUUAUGGCUGACGAAAGAGAAACACAAAGCCUGGAUGGUUUUGCAUGGGGAUCGUUGGGUUCUUUUCAUGGUAAAUAGAUGUAUCUGAGGCAUGGUAGAAAGAGUGCCAACACUUGUCACCUGACAACUAUAAAUGUAUCGUUUUGUAGAAUGAUAGGAAUGAAAAAUGAAAUGGAACUAACCUCAAAUUAACUGAUUUCCUGAAUAUGUCCUGAGUUUUGUUGAGUUUGAGUUUCCUCCAGACAGAUGCGUGUCCAAUUUCUGCCUUGUCAUUUGGGGUUGUAAAAGAUGGUUGUUUCAUUUGCUGUGAUACAAACACCUGCUAAUGGCUGCAAACUAAGCUAAGGGCUUUACCACGGUCCCCUUACUACAGAUAAUCCAGGGAUUGAUCAUGGAAUAAACUGGUUGGGGAUCAUGGCAGACGCAUGUGGGUGUGUGAGAGAGGAAGGUCUAACUAUCUAAAAGAACGAAGACUAGGAUGUCAAGAGGACCAGAGAACUGAGAUUAGAGUUGUUCUGAACCCAUGAUUGACUGAAUAGGCUACGUGUAUGUGAGGACAUGAAUGCAGGUGGACCUUGCAUAUAUUUCUCUAAUGCUAUGAAUUGCACAGAUCUGCUUUUAGACAUUACUGCUUGGUGUCCUUUCUUUGUUUCUCCGUGGGCGUGCUACAACUGGACGACAGGCGCAGAGAGGCAAUAGACAGUGCCUCUAUUCUAACAUACAUGGAAGUAUAAAAACACAAAACAAACCCUUGCUGAGUGUGUAGGCUUGGGACAUGUGCAAAAUUCCUCGCACACCCUCCGUCCUGGAGAUUACACUGAUCUGACUAUGGCUCAAUUGGUAACAGCUGCAAUGGGAAGUGCAUGCUUUCACCUAUGAGAUCCUGUUAGAUCAGGGCUUACCUCAUGGAAGGCAUCUCAUUUCUACAGGAUUGGAACACAGCCCCGGUGUGUCACCUAGGGAGGUUGUCAACGCUUCCGUUGCUGUUGUAUUUUGAAGAGUUAGAAAAUAAGCUCCGCUGUUGCGUUGGCAUGUCAGGAUGGUGAUGGGGUUGGAAAUGUGUGGGUGGAGUUUCAGGACUAAUCACGGUCAAAUAUUUUUGUAUUUAAGGGAAACUGGCUUUGCAGACAUGAGUUAAGACAUGACUUAUAACAUGCACAAGCAGUCACUGAAAACACAGGACGCAAUGAGAGAACCGGAUCAUCUCUCCACAACACUGAGAAUAGAAUGACAACCAUGUUCAUGCACAGCUUGAUAGUCACUUUUUGGUGACGUUUUUGUGUUGUUUCAUAUCAGCCUGUGUUCUCAGUGGUGAGGCUGUGUGGUAUAUGUAGGCGUUCUCAAACACCAGGGGGAAAGGGUGUCGUCACCUCGGUUCUGUGGUCGUAUCAUUGUGGCUGAUGGUGGGCCGUAAGCCACGGGGAAGGCCAAGCAGAAGGGCUGCUCCAGAUUUGUAUAUGGUUUGUUUUCACUGAGCUGUCAAAGUCGUUUUCAAAGCGUGAUGGGUCGCUCUUGGAAGCGGCCUCCUGUCCUUCAGGUGAUAUGAACUGUAUGAGGUUUCUUUCAUCAAGGAGUGUCUGUGUCUCUAAGUUGAAAGAAUCUUUUCAUUACCAACAUGACUGUUACUUUAACUCUGAAAUGAUGUAUGCUGGAAAGUGAUUGGCUGUCCCCAGAGCUGUGCAAUAACCCAUGCCUGUAACGGAUUCAAACUGCCAUCCGGAACAAUGUAUUUAUUUCCUUUUUAAUAAAAAUAUUCUUCUUUUUUUGCAUACAA